GGUGGCGCUGUCCGGUGCUGAAGCUCGGCCGGCGCCGCCGCAGGAGCGCUGAGAGCGCCGCGAAAGGAGCUGGCGCCGCCUCGCUAAGUCCCUAUCGGUCCUUGCUCCCGCGCGGCCAUGGACUGAGCGCCAACCGGCUGCGGGGAUGGGGCCGCCGCUCCCGCUUUUGCUGCUGCUGCUGCUACCGCCGCCGCUGCCUCGCGCUCUGCCCGCCCCCGCGUCUGCCCGCGGCCGGCAGCUCCCGGGGCGCCUGGGAUGCUUGUUUGAGGAUGGCUUGUGUGGAUCACUGGAGACCUGUGUGAACGAUGGUGUGUUUGGAAGAUGUCAAAAGGUUCCGGUGAUGGACACUUACCGAUAUGAGGUACCACCAGGAGCCCUGCUGCACCUGAAGGUCACCUUACAGAAGCUCUCCCGUACAGGUUUCACGUGGCAAGAUGACUAUACCCAGCGUGUGAUUGCCCAGGAGCUUGCAAACCUCCCCAAGGCCUACCUAUGGCAUGGGGAAGCGUCCGGCCCAGCCAGGUCCUUACAACAGAAUGCUGACAAUGAAAAAUGGUUCAGUCUGGAGAGGGAGGUGGCCCUGGCCAAGACCCUUCGGCGCUAUCUGCCCUACCUGGAGCUUCUGUCCCAGACCCCAACAGCAAAUGCACACUCUAGGAUAGACCAUGAGACUCGUCCAGCCAAGGGUGAAGACUCUUCCCCUGAGAACAUCCUGACCUACGUGGCCCACACAUCAGCACUGACCUAUCCUCCUGCAACCCGGGCCAAGUAUCCUGAUAACCUUCUGCGGCCCUUUAGCCGGCUCCAGCCAGAUGAGCUCAGCCCCAAGGUAGACGGUGACAUAGACAAACAGAAGCUGAUUGCAGCACUGGGCGCCUACACUGCUCAGAGGCUUCCUGGAGAAAAUGACCCAGAGCCACGGUACCUUGUACAUGGUUCCGCGAGAGCACCAAGGCCAUUCUCAGCAACUGCUUUGUCUCAGAGAUGGCCUCCACCUCCUGGAGACGCCAAAGACUCCCCGAGUAUGGAUGAUGACACACUCCUGCAGAGUCUCCUGAAGGAUUUGCAGCAGAACUCUGAAGUGGACCGCCUGGGCCCCCUGAAGGAGGAGAAAGCAGACUCAGUUGCUGGAGCCAUACAAAGUGAUCCUGCAGAGGGAAGCCAAGAAAGCCACGGGAGAGGGGCUGAAGGACAGCCAAGAGAGCAGACAGAUGCCCCAGAGACAAUGCUUCAAGAUCACAGACUAUCAGAGGUGGAUGACCCAGUGUACAAGGAGGUCAACCGUCUGAGCUUCCAGCUUGGGGACCUCUUGAAGGACUAUGGGUCUCCUCUCUUACCUGAAGGUCCCCUUCUAGAAAAAUCCUCCAGAGAAGAGAUUAAGAAAUCAGAGCAGCCAGAGGAGGUCUUGUCUUCAGAAGAGGAGACUGCUGGGGUGGAGCAUGUGAGGAGCCGGACUUACUCCAAAGACCUAUUUGAAAGGAAACCAAACUCAGAGCCCCAGCCCAGGAGGCUUGAGGAUCAGUUCCAAAACCGAGCUCCAGAGUUGUGGGAGGAUGAAGAAAGCCUCAAAUUGGCAGCACAGGGACCCCCUAGUGGAGGCCUACAGCUGGAAGUGCAGCCUUCUGAGGAACAGCAGGGAUACAUCCUCACAGGAAACAACCCUCUAAGUCCAGAGAAGGGGAAGCAGCUGAUGGACCAAGUUGCCCACAUCCUCCGGGUACCUUCCAGCUUCUUUGCAGAUAUCAAAGUUUUGGGACCAGCAGUGACCUUCAAAGUAAGUGCCAACAUCCAAAACAUGACAACUGCCGAUGUCAUCAAGGCUGCAGCUGACAACAAAGACCAGCUGGAGAAGGCAACUGGACUGACAAUCCUUCAAAGUGGAAUCAGGCCGAAGGGAAAGCUCAAACUCCUGCCGCAUCAGGAAGAGCAAGAGGACUCUACCAAGUUCAUUUUGCUCACCUUCCUCUCCAUUGCCUGCAUCCUGGGGGUUCUCCUGGCUUCCAGCCUUGCCUACUGCCUCCGCCACAACUCACACUACAAGCUGAAGGACAAGUUGUCUGGACUAGGCGCUGACCCCAGUGCAGAUGCCACUGAAGCCUACCAGGAGCUAUGCCGCCAGCGUAUGGCUAUUCGUCCACAGGACCGCUCUGAGGGACCACAUACAUCACGCAUCAACAGCGUCUCAUCCCAGUUCAGCGAUGGGCCGAUGCCUAGUCCUUCGGCUCGGAGCAGCACUUCAUCCUGGUCUGAGGAGCCUGUCCAGUCCAACAUGGACAUCUCUACUGGCCACAUGAUCCUGGCCUACAUGGAAGACCAUCUGAAGAACAAGAACCGCCUGGAGAAGGAGUGGGAAGCACUGUGCGCCUACCAAGCAGAGCCCAACAGCUCACUUGUGGCCCAGAGAGAGGAGAAUGCACCCAAGAACCGUUCCCUGGCUGUGCUGACCUAUGACCACUCCAGGAUCCUGUUGAAGUCUCAAAACAGCCAUGGCAGUUCCGACUACAUCAAUGCCAGCCCCAUUAUGGACCAUGACCCACGAAACCCCGCAUACAUUGCCACCCAAGGCCCACUUCCCGCCACGGUGGCCGACUUCUGGCAGAUGGUGUGGGAAAGCGGCUGUGCAGUCAUUGUCAUGCUGACACCCCUCUCCGAGAACGGCGUCCGGCAGUGCCAUCACUACUGGCCCGAUGAAGGCUCCAACCUCUACCAUGUCUACGAGGUCAAUCUAGUCUCUGAGCACAUAUGGUGCCAGGAUUUCCUGGUGAGAAGCUUUUACCUGAAGAACCUGCAGACCAACGAGACUCGCACGGUGACCCAGUUCCACUUCCUGAGUUGGUAUGACCAGGGAGUCCCUUCCUCCACGAGGUCACUCCUGGAUUUCCGCAGAAAAGUGAACAAAUGCUACCGAGGCCGCUCUUGUCCGAUCAUUGUCCAUUGCAGUGACGGCGCCGGCAGGAGUGGAACCUACGUCCUGAUUGACAUGGUUCUCAAUAAGAUGGCCAAAGGUGCUAAAGAGAUUGAUAUCGCAGCGACCCUGGAGCACUUGAGGGACCAGAGACCAGGCAUGGUCCAGACAAAGGAGCAGUUUGAGUUUGCGCUGACAGCUGUGGCUGAGGAGGUGAAUGCCAUCCUGAAGGCCCUUCCCCAGUAGGCGCUGAAGCUGGAGCUGGCGGGACCCCACCACGAGUGCUUCCAGAACCGCAACAGGAUAUCAGUCCUGCAUCUUCUGUGUAGUAACAGGGUCCUUCGGGCUCCACAGUCAGUGCAGGUGGCUAGUCAUGUGUACUUCUGAUUGACCAAAUAGCACAUGUGUGGAAACACCCAGUUAGGAUGGAAGGAAGGAAUGAAGGAAGGAUGGGAGGGAGGAAGGGAGGGAGGGAGGGAGGGAGGGAGGGAGGAAGGAAGGAAGGAAGGAAGGAAGGAAGGAAGGAAGGAAGGAAGGAAGGAAGGAAGGAAGGAAAGACUCAGCUUACUUGUAUCACAGUCUUGACAAAAUUCCUUUUCCCUAAAGCACACUUUGACAUUGUCACAUUAUUGACACAGUAAUUAGAAACCCACUGUGGCCUCUUCAGGAGUGUGCUUAUGUCUGUAAAUUGCUGGAGAGGGGGUAGAUGGGCCAGGACAACCAGCAAGACACCUGUUGGGAAGCACCGGGUAUAGAAUCAUAUUUGGUGUUUGCCUGUAAGACAACUAGGGGAGCCCUUUAAGGAAAAGAUCAGUGUCCUGCACCCCUGGGGCAAAUGACAAGGGUAUUAUCAUGGAGUUCUGCCUAUUCCUACUGGUGUCCACCAGUCACACAUUUGGAAUGUAGAUUCCAAAGACAGAAAAGAUAAAGGGUUUCCCAAGGGUAGACACCUUGACCAUCCUGAAGUAUGGGUGCUGUACCUGUUCCAGAAGCGAGGACCCAGGUGACAGCCUCACCUUUGCAAAGUUAUAGAGGAACCUGCCCUGGUACAUCUUUAAUAUUAGGAUUCUGUUUUCUACAUUGCAAGCACAGGCACCCAUAGUACACUUUUGUUGAAGUUACAAAACCAGAAUGAGUAUGGCAAGUUCCAAGGGUCCCCAGUGCUUCCCAUUCAGCAUCCCCAGGGAGCCCCCAAAGGUACUGAAAAGUCUCUGAUGCUCCUACUCCUGGAAAGAAGUCUGGGAAGCCCCUUUCGCUCUGCCUCCUGCAUCCUCCCAGAUAACAAAACACAUUAACACAUUCUUACUGGAUAAUCCAAUUUGCCAAAACAUUUGGGCAUUGUGCCCACCACCUGCCCACACAUAGGAAGUCCACUUCAGUAAGUGCAAGGCGCUAGCACCCAUCGAGGUAGAGGACAUUGCUUUAAGCCCCAGUUUGUUUGUAGGGUUGAGUAUGAAAAAGCCCAUCUCCUGUGUCCCCAUUGCUCCUUCCCCUUAGCCUCGACAUUUCAAGUUGCGGUGUGUGACGGAGGUGGCUGCCGAACGAGAAGAGAUGCCACAGUGUAUCGUGUCUCUAGUUGUAUUGUAUACCUGCUUAACAUCUGCGACAUUUCUCUCCCAAGUCAUUUGCCCCUUCCCGGAAUUUAAACAAUAAUUAAUAGAAAUGAAUUUAUCUGAAUAUAGGAAGCAUAUACUUAAUUGUAACUUCUUAUGUUUAAAGGAAAAUUCUCAGUGUGAUAUACAGAUAUAUUUAAUUGUGUCAUAUUAAACCUUCUGAUUUCAUA